AUGAAGCCCUCGUCGGUCCUUGGGAAGAUCGACCUCUACUUGCUGCCGCUCUUACUGCUGGCCUCGUUUCUCGCCCACCUAGACAAGAACUCACUGGCAUACGCCGCCGUCCUGGGCAUGGGCAACGACCUCCAUCUCCACGGCCAGCAGUACUCCUGGCUCGGUUCCAUCUUCUACAUUGGCUACCUGCUGAUGGAGCUCCCUACCUCGUGGCUGCUGACCCACCUGCCCAUUGGCAAGUAUCUCGGCUCUUCCUUGAUCCUAUGGGGGGGCUGCCUCUGCACCAUGGCCGCCUGCACCAGCUUCGCCGCCGCCGCCACCGUGCGUUUCUGUCUGGGCGUUCUCGAGGCCGGGCUGUUGCCCUCGUGCAUCGUCAUCACCGCCUGCUGGUACCGGCGCGAGGAGCAGCCUCUUCGCGCUGCCCUGUGGUUCGGCCCCUUCUCAGGUAUCUUUGGGGGCAUUCUUGCCUACGCGAUCGGCGGGAUGCGCACAGGAAUCCCAGUAUGGAAAUACGACCAGGCUUUGUUCUUGAUCUACGGCGGAAGCACCAUCUUCGUCGGCAUCGUCUGUCUAGUGGCCAUCCCGGACAGCCACGGCACUGCCUGGUUCCUCUCCAAAACGGAGCGCGAAGAGGCCAAACUCAGAACCCAAGAAAACCAAACCGGCGAGGAUAUGCGCAAGGGAUGGAAGCUGAGCCAUGUGGUCGAGGCCACAAAAGAUGCCAAGUAUUGGACCGUCUUUGUGUUUGGCGUUUGCCAGUCCAUUACGAAUGCCGGCAUUACCAACUUCAACCCCCUGAUUUUGUCUGGUUUUGGCUACUCCAAGACAACAACCGUGCUGCUGGCAGCUCCUCAGGGAUUUGUCGCCCUCGUCGCCCAGGUCGCGGCGUCGAUAGUGGCCCUCUAUAUUCCCAACAUCCGAUGCCUCCUCUGGGUGCUUUCCUGCUUCCCCGCCCUCGCCGGGGUCGUCAUAGUGCAACUCGUCGACGUGACCAAGAACCGCAUUGCUGCUCUCAUGGGGUUGUACUUGACCGGAUUCUACAACGUCUCGUGGGUCCUGGCCAUGAGUCUUAUCUCUUCCAACACGGCGGGGGCCACAAAGAAGAGCUUCGUAUCCGUCUCCAUGGCCAUUUCUUACGCGGUGGGAAACAUGGUCGGCCCACAGUUUUUCCUCGAGAGCCAAAAGCCCCAAUACCAUCUCGGCAUCGGCGUCAUGAUCUUCUCCUUUGUCAUGAUGGCGGUUUGUGGCAUGGUCUAUUGGACCAUCUGUAUCCGCCAAAACGAGGCCAGAGACAGGACGCGUCGCGAAUCGAGCCCCUUGAUAGACCCCACCAGCUUGGCAGGAUUGCACCUCGCGGCCGACGAGAGCCAGGACAAGACGGAUUUCGAGAUUGCCACAUUCCGCUAUACGUACUGA